CCUUGCAAACAAAGACAUACGCUACCCACGUCUUGUCUGUCAGUGUUGCAACAUGACAACACUUCCCAGAACCGAAAGUAGACUUGACCAACACAAGUUCCUUCCUCUGGAAGAUUCACUUCUUUUCUCGCCGGCUUCACACAAUCAUCGCUUCAGCAGAGGAAGAGGAGCACUGCUUUUUCAGUUUGGAUCUCGUUCUUUGGAUGUGGGGACUCUCGAGUCAUGUACGCCGUCCUGCUCAUCGCGGUCGUUCUGCGCGGGUCCUUUGCGAUGCCUCCCGCCGACAAGGACGCGUGCGACUUGUACGGCGCGGUGGGACAAACGAUGGAGCUUCCGUUUGUUUACAACCGUCUGGCCAACACGGACGUGCUGAGGUGGACUCAUAACGGCACCAUCAUUUUCAACCGCGAGCAAACCAGGGUGUCCGUCGGGAAGCCGGAGGACGUCUCCAAGACCGGUUCGCUUCUGCUGAAGAACCUGAAGCUCUCCAGCGGGGGCUGGUACCAGGUCACUGUCCGCCAUCCCAAUCGGACCCUGGUGACAAUGUGGACCGGCCGUCUCUGCGCCAUGGACAAGGUGUCCCAACCGCGGCUCGGUUACAUCUGCGACCUGAGAACCGGCUUUGUCAAUCUAAGCUGUGACGUGGCCAAUCCCCACGAGUCGUUCUUCUCGUGGACCGUCGACGACGUCAAUUUAUUGGGUGCCACCAAGCAGACUUUGAACGUCUCACUGGACAGGGAGAAGAGUUUCGCGUGUCGGGUAAGGAACAGAUUCAGCGCGGAAAGGAGUGACGCUGUUCGUCCGGCAUGUAAGACUCCGGCCGCGACCGCGGCGACACCAUCAACUCUGUUUUGUUUCACACCGAAAACGAUCAUCGCCGCACUGGCGGGUGUAGCGGCUCUGUUCCUUGCCCUGCUCGUCGUCGUCGCCGCGUCGUGUCGCCGAUGUGGACGAAAGAAAACCCGGAAGCGUGUUUUGGGAAAAGGGGAUUUGGGAAUGGUUUCCGUAAGACAGCAGAGAUCUGAGCUCAACAGCCCGGAGUACGAAACCAUGAGUCCCGCAGACGUUCCCACGUCUGCGUUUCCAGAGCCUUUACCCAGAACUCGGCAGUCCAGCGAAAACCUUGUCCAGCUGGAACAAGCUGCUGCUAAAGACCCUUCACCGGUUCCAAAGCCCAGGACCAAGAACCCCCAGACACCAAACAUGUGAACCCUUUGAGGGACAGCGGUUACUACAGUGGACAGUUUAUCAUGUUAUCGGGUUACAGGGUCCAUGAAGGGGUUCAAGUUGUUCUGGGCAAUGAAUCGAUCGCAACUGGACUGUUCCGUUUGUCUUCAAAGAGGGCUCGGCUCGCAUCCAAGGCCGGGAUUUGUCAAUUUUAGUCUCGUGCUGAUGCCCGCUCAGGAGAGAUGAAAAACGUCUUCGCGGACAACCGGGGCAGUCCGGUUAUGGUCGGAUGUUAAUGUUCGAUUUUCUAAGGGAAAUCUUUGAAUUCAGUUUCGAAGGACAUAAAUUGUCCCCAAUGUCAUAAAUUAAUGUUGUAGUCAUAACGCCAGUGAGAAUUGCAAGUUGAUGUUUUAUGAAGUUGCACGGGUG